GCUGUCGUCCUAAGUCUACUGUAUGCACACAAACGAUGCGGUGUGGUUGAUAAAGAAGAACUUAUUAAUUUAGACAAUACUUUAAAACAUGAAAGGAAACGUUUAACACCAUUAUCAGCUUAUUACGCGUCCAUAUUCUUAUCCUAACGGGAAAAAUUGAUAAAGCACGGGAAUAUCUAGAGAAGGCUCAACGUAUCAACACAAAUAUUCCUGAAAUAUCUGCUUUAAUAGGAUGGUGUGAAUUGUACUUGAACAAAAAUAGAGCGUCAGUCAUCCUUGUUUUGUUCAAUGAAGCAGUCGAACAUGGAAUGUAUAUUGAUGCAAGUAUGGGCCAGGUCCGGUGUCAUCAACGAAACAAUGAUUUCGAAAAAGCUAUCGCUGUUUUGAACUGUCUUUCAGUACGUUACCCUAAUUUGAACAUACCACUCGUUGAAAAAAUGAAAUGUCAUCUUUCUAGUUGGAAUUAUUAUGAUACGAUGGAAACAGCGACAAUGGUUCUCACUUUUGAACCAAGUAAUUUAGAAGCACUUCAAGUGAAAAUAUUGAUGUUAAUAGUUAAGGAUGGAAACUAUGCAGAAAAAGCACACAAAAUUGCCCCAACUAACCCUGAUUAUAUAACGGAGCUAGGAUAUCAAUGCAUUUUGAUGCAAAAAUACAAAGAAGCCACAAAAUGGUUUAAAACUACAUCUAAAAUGUACAAUACUUCUUUAUAUGCUUUAUGCGGAUUGACUUUAUGUCAAGUAAUGGAUACUGGAGUGUCAGAACAAGUCUUACAACAAAUCGAAUUUCUCUCUGAAAUUCAAGGAGAAAACAAAAUGCCUCUACUUUUAUCGAUAUCAUCUAAAAUUCAUCAAGACGAUCCAGAAAAAGCGAUGCAGUUCCUGAUAGAAGCAAGUGAAUAUCAUUUUAGAAAUUUGAGUACACUACCUUACGGACUAGAUUAUCUUAGAGAACUGAACCCCGAUUUUUUACUUGAACUAGUGAAGGAAUGGUUGAAAUACUCUCCAGCAGAUCGAGAUGCUGAAAUGAUAUCUACUGAUACAUUGCACCCUGCUCUUCGUCAUAGUGCAAAUAUAUUAGAUGCCGUUAUAAAAGCUUGUCCAGGAUUUGUGGAAGGUUUAUACUUACUUGCGAAGGUUAAAUUUCUUACGGGAGACUUGCUAGCAGCCAUGGAAACGCUUCAUAGAAUCGUCAAUGAGCUGGAUGCAACAUAUACUGAUGCCCAUUUACUUAUUGCUCAAAUACAUAUAGAGCAGAAACACUAUACCAAGGCAGCACAAUGUUUGGAAAUUUGCCUAAGUAUAGAUUUCAAAGUUCGUGACCAUGCGAUAUUUCAUUCACUACAGGGUAUUAUUUUGAAGAAUCAACAACUAUAUGAAGACAGCUUGAAAAGCUUCCUUACAGCAAUGAGUAUAUGCGGUAUAAAUCACAAUGGCAACAAUCCAAUGAAUACCUUCAAUAGUGAAUCGAAUAGAAAUUCUCUACACAUUACGGAUCUACUGACACUGUAUUUAGAAGUAAUUACCAUGCAUGUUUUAUUAAAUCAACAAUCCGAGGCUUUGAAACUCAUGCAAAUAGUAUCCGCCGAGUUUUCUUCAACAUUCGUAAAAGGCAGGGUGGCAGUAGCAUUAGCUGAUUUCUAUAUGCAGCUAGGUAAUUUCAAAAAAGCUGUUGAUUUACUUGAAACUGUUUCUCCAAAUGAGCCGUAUUAUAUUAGAGCAAAAACUAAAACGGCUCGCUUUUAUUUGGAACACAAGAAAGAUCGUUUAGCGUACGCGCAAUGUUUCAAGGAGCUAGUGUCCUUUAAUCCCGUUCCGUCGAGUUACUUGAUGUUAGGGGACGCAUAUAUGUACAUACAGGAGCCUGAUGAUGCAAUUGAAGCCUACAAGCAAGCUCAUAAGUUUAAUUCAAGAGAUAUUUUAUUGAUUAGCAAACUGGGCAGAGCUUAUGUUAAGACACACCAAUACAAAAAAGCGAUUUCUUACUAUCAGGAAGUAAUCGAAACUCCUGGAAAUUCUUCAUUAAAACUAGAUCUAGCAGAACUGUUUCUAAAACUAAAACAAUAUUCCAAUGCUGAACAAAUUCUGGUAGAUGAAAUUGAAUUAUCUAAAAGUGAAGCUGAUGAUUUAACAAGAUUACAAAAUAGAACAAAGCAAUUAUUGCUCCUGGCUAGGAUACGUGAGAAAGCGGGCUAUUUGCCAUCUUCUCUGAACACUCUUAAAGAGGCCAGAGAUAAUCAAUACAAGAUAUUGAAACGGAUGCUGAUGGAAUCGAACUUCGUACAGCAUGAGCAAAAUAAAAUUUUGGUUAUGAUUUGUGUUUUGAUGGCAGAGCAGGCAAUUGCACUAAGGGAUAAUGAGCAAGCUAUUCACCACUACAAAGAAGCAUUGAAGCUAACACCUACUGAUACGAAUUUAUUAGCUGCAUUAGCUCGUUCAUACAUGCAGACGAACAACAUGGAUCAAUGUCAAUUUAUGUGCAAUGAAAUUUUACAGUAUGACUCGAACAAUGAAACAGCUUCUAUAAUGAUGGCUGAUUUAUCAUUUAGACGGAUGGACUUCGAGAAUGCAACCUAUCAUUUUUCACAACUUUUAUUAGCUCAACCAAACUAUUGGACUGCGCUAGCAAGAUUGAUAGAAGUGAUGCGACGGUCGGGAACACUUCAAGACAUUCAACCAUUUAUCCAUAGAGCACAGAAUGUAUGUCUACGACCAGAUGGAGAAGCUGGUUUGAAUUAUUGCAAAGGUCUUAAUGAUUGGUAUAGUGGAAAUCCAAAUAGUGCCCUAAGAUAUUUUAACAAUUGUCGUAAAGAUCCUGAAUGGGGUCAACAAGCUAUAUAUAAUAUGAUAGAAAUUUGUUUGAACCCUGACGGUGAUUUGCCCACUGAAGGAGUAAUCGAUAUAGGGCCAGAUGAUUUAGAAAUUAAAAAUUCACGUGGGAUGGCAUUAAAAACAGCUGAAAGAUUGCUGAAAGAAUUGAAACCUCGGCCAGGUGUGAUCGAUAAUGAAGCGCUGAAUCAUCGUUUGUUACAAAAUUUCCUUUUACUUGCCUCCCGUCAGAAGAGCAAUAUAGAUCGGGCGUUACAAGAUUUUACAGCCAUCGCUUCACAGGUAGAAUACAAAGAACAUGUGGGAGCUGUGUAUGGCAUGGCAUCAGCUCAUGUGAUGCUGAAACAAUCGCAACGAGCUAAAAAUCAACUGAAAAGAAUAACAAAAACUUGUUGGACUUUUGAAGAAGCAGGUUACCUUGAGAAAUCUUGGUUGCUAUUGGCGGAUUUAUACUUACAAGUCAGUAAAUUUGAAUUAUCGUCAGAACUAUUAACACGUGUGUUAGAACACAAUAAAUCUUGUACUAAAGCGUACGAACUAAAGGGAAUAAUAUCGGAAAAAGAACAGAAUUACCGAUCUGCAAUUACACAUUAUGACAGUGCCUGGAAAUGCAGUGGUGGAUCAAAACCAAACAUAGCAUACAAACUGGCGCUCAAUUACAUGAAACUAAAACGGUUCGUAGAUGCAAUUGAUGUUUGUCAACAGGUGUUGAAAAUUCACCCGGAUUAUCCAUCAAUGAAGAAAAAUAUUCUCGAUAAAUGCAGAAAUAACUUAAAACAUUGAAUAUUCACUCAUUGUAAUUUGAAAAUAAAGGAGUGACACAAUUGUAGUCCUGUUGGUAUUUAUAAUGUAACUUUAUUCAUAUUGAUAU